GCAGGGGUCACUGACGCUCCGUGACGUUGGUUGCGUAGCAGCGUUUCUUGGUUACGGUAAAGCUAAGCUAACAGCUAGUUUGCAUCUCUCUGGCUGUUUCCUGCUCGGCUCAGCGGGGCUCCUCCUCAGUGUCUUCCCGGCGUUUUCAGUCAGUGACACACGGACGUUUACAUCAGACUUUCACCGUUUAUCCUCCGGGAAUGUCUUACCUGGAGAAGCCGGCCCCCGGCAGGCUGCUGCUGGACGACACCGUGCCGCUGUCUGCGGUGAUCGAAGCCAGCCAGAACCUGCAGUCCCACACGGAGUACAUCGUCAGGGUCCAGAGGGGCGUGUCUGCAGAGAACAGCUGGCAGGUUAUUCGGCGCUACAGUGACUUUGAUGUUCUUAACAGCAACCUGAUGGUUUGUGGCAUCAGUCUCCCUCUGCCUCCAAAGAAGUUAAUUGGGAACAUGGACAGGGAGUUCAUAGCAGAGAGGCAGAGAGGACUGCAGGCCUUUCUGGACUCCAUUACCCAGCAUCCCAUGCUUUCCUGCUCCUUGACUGUAAAGAAGUUUCUGGACCCAAACAACUAUUCUGCCAACUACACAGAGAUCGCCCUGCAGCAGGUCUCCAUGUUCUUCAGGUCGGACCCAAAGUGGGAGGUUCUAGAGCCGCUCAAAGACAACGGAUGGAGGAUCAGGAAGAAAUACUUUUUAAUAAAAAACAAAGAGCAGCCCAAAGAGCGGUAUCUGCUGAGCUGGGUGGACCUGGGUCCUGAUAAGUUCCUGUCUGACAAAGACCUGCAGUCAGCCAUGAAGCUGCUGACCAGCCUCUUGGUCCCAUACCUCUGUCCACUGCUGUUCUCCAGCACCAGCGAGUCCUCAGCUCUGCUCAUCCGGCCGUUCAGUGAGAGAGGCUCCCUGAGAGACCACAUCUGCAAGGCGAAGCCCAGAGAGAGCUCCCUGAAGAAGUACUGCAACCCCAAGAAGAGUCAGGGUCUGGAACUGCAGCACAUCAAACUGUACGGCCGUCAGAUCCUCGAGGGUCUGAAGCUCCUCCACGAUGGCGGCCUGUUUUUCGGACACCUGCACGCGUCCAACGUAAUUGUGGAUGACGGUGUGUGUCGACUGAUGGAUGUGGAGAACGGCAUGCUGGGAGUUCCCUCAGCGCUGCGACCGGCCUUCAUCCAGCUCAGGAAGAUCAAUACCACAGAGAGCAUCGACGUCUUCUGCUUUGGACAUUUACUCUACGAGAUGACGUACGGCCGACCCCCGGACAGCAUCCCCGUCGAACAAUACCCCGAUGUCCCCUACACUGCUGUGGUGUCAGUGCUGCAGUCCAUUUUGUCCGCAGAGGCCUGUAAGAGCGGGAUGCCAACAGUGUCGGCGCUCAUGCAGACACCGCUGUUCAGUGACGUCCAGCUCCAACACUCAGAAAAACUCCAGAUCAAGGUUCCCAGCAGGCUAAAAGAGGCGCUGAAGACGGCGAAGGAGAGUCUGGAGAGGAGGCUGCAGGAGGAGCAGAGAGUGUGCCACCAACACAGAAGGCUGACCAGAGCGAAGUCUCACCACGGCUCAGAGGAGGAGAAGAAGAGGAGGAAGAUUCUGGCGAGGAAGAAGUCACGACAGUCGGCUUUUGAAAAUGAAGAAGACGUCUCUGUCAGAAACAACAAUAACUCUGGUUCUGGAGCCAGUUCACCUCCCACAUGCCCCUCCUCGCCCACCCCCCCAUCCACCACAGGAGCCCUGCCUGCUCCUCCCCCGCCUCCUCCUCCCCCUCCCCCUCCUGCACUGGACUCUCCCUCCUCUCGUCCUCCUCCUCUCUCCUCUGAUGGAGCGGGAGGAGGUCGCACCGCCUUGCUGAGCUCCAUCCAGGGCUUCAGUAAGGGAAAACUGAAGAAGUCCGAGACCGUCGACCACAGCAAACCCAUUACCUGACCCCCCUCGCCUCCAUCUCCUGUCCUCCACCAGGAGACCCCCAUCACCACGACGCCGCCGUCCCCCUGGUUCUGCACUGUGGUCCAGACCGUCGCUCACUGAGAUGUGAAAAGGAAUCACUAAAGAAAAAAAAUCAUAUUAGUUUUUAUCGCUACUCCUGCUUUUUUUCAGCUUUUACAUUUUAAAAUCUGUGGUGGGAGAGAGUAGAGGGGAAGUCUGUCCUUUCAGGAACUGAACAAUCAUCUGAAGGUUUGUCCACUUUGACUGCAUUCUCAUGAGGAGACACCGGGCUCCAGAUAAAAACGCUGGUAAACUGGGUGUAGUUGGGUAUUUGCUGCUGCUUCUUUUCUGCUUGUAAAAGUGGUGGGAUUUGAACAUUUUGGAACCACUAUGGAUGCUUCAUCCCGCUGAUCAUGACAUGAAUUUCAUGGAGUCGAAACUCUAAAUCAGUGCUCUGAUACUGUGGCGCUGCACUGCUUCUGUAUCUGGUCCAAACACAAGAAAGUUGGUCCAAACCUUUCCUCGUUUGCAGUCAUCUCAAAAUAUCCAAAUUCGAGUAGACUGUCUCACUGCAGGAAGUCCGUAUGGCUGCACAGCUAAAUGUAAUUCCUGUCUUUAAAUAUUUUUUAUUUUCCUAAAAUAAAUGGGGAAAAAAACCUUUUAGUGCAAAAUAUUCAACUUCUCUAUUUUAGAUUUUUCUAAAAAUGCAUGUUUAUAAGGGAGGUCGCUGGAUUUGAAGUGAGAACAACUGAAAAAUAUUUACAUAAAAGAUGAUUUUCAUCAGAAGCAAGUGGGAAAUGAAAGCCCAGAUGUAUUUCCACUUGUUUUAGGAGUAUGAAACGCAAGUUACAGACGGAAAUGACUUGAUACAAGGAUGUUUGCUGCAGUGUGUCUGUCUGGAAGUCGAGCUGGGAUCACACCUGGUUUUGUUUGAUCUGAAUGAGAGUGAGAGAUUUGUUUGACUUUGUUGCUUUUUGAGAUUCUUACAGUGAGAGCAUCUUUGUUAAAACCAUGACAUGGAUCCUCUGCAGUGUUUGUACUUCUAAAGAAACCCCACAUCAUUCUGUUCAGCUCUAAGAAAGAGAUCACCAUCAUACUGUAACAUCUGCCACACGUCACUAAGAGAUGUCUGGCCGAUAACGUGGCAGAGUAUGAAGGUAGUGUGUGCCACUACUAUUGCUUGUGCAGCUACAAUGUCAAACUUGCACUUUUUGGUGUGAAAGACAGAGACACAGGUCAGACAUCUGCUCUGUCCCGUGACAGAGAAACAUGGAUCCGCAGCUGUGAUUGUUUUUAGGGUCUGAAAUUAAUCUUAAAUACUUUUUCUUCACCCAGAUCACUAACAAUGUGUCAUAUUUUUAUAUUAUUUUGCUUCUUUGCAUGACAAUAAAUUCCUACUAUUUCACAUUUCUGACCCAUACUGCUGCUUGUCCAUUAACUUGACGUCACUGUUGACCUUAUCCCAAAUGAUCCAUCAUUCUGUAGAUGUCCUUCCUUCAUGUUUGAGUAAUCAAUCCAACAUCAACUUGCAGAGACUUGCUACUGAGAGAGAAUCCACCAUAGUCAAUAUUUACUGACAUUUAGUUUGACUUUAUCACUUCAUAGUCAUGUGGUGUUUUAAAGUUGUAAUAAAAAGAAUAACCCAACUUCAAAUUGGGAUCUAGCGCAUCAUCUUUGCUCAUCCUGCAGAAUUUGGAAUUCAUAUUAUUAACUAUUAACACAUUUUUAAAUAAGUAAUCAAGCUAUAGGUCAAAAUUGGGUUUGGAAAAUGUUGAUUUAGGAAAAGCCUGAUUGGUUUAUCAGUAUCGAUUUAUUUGAUUAUUAUCUAUUGAUGCAUCACCAAGGAAAGAUUUAAAAGCUAUAGGUGGAUGUUACUUAUUUCUUUAUAGAAAUAACCUGAAGGAAGGAGAUCGGUCCUUGUUAUCGUUUGAUUUGAUCAUUUGACCUUCACUGUCGGUGCAAAUUGUUUUUGUUAAUCAUCUCUGCUGACAGGAUUGUAACCAGAAGAAAUGGAACCACCUUUACCUUCAUUUGACAUUCAUUGAGGCUUAAUUUCCGACCCUUAAAGUGCUGAUUCCUGGUAUUCUAAGUCUUUUAUUGCAUCGGUUUAUAUUCUGUUGUAUUUUAUUAUGUGUUGUCACGGAGCUGAGAUUAUUUUAUCGUGCCAUAUGGAUCCUUGUGCCUAUGGAAAUAUGAAUGUUUUCUUUUAAGAUAUAAGUGAUAAUAUCCUAUACCAGAUGAUCUGUUUGUACAAAGUUCUGUCUUCAGGUUAGGCGAUGUUCAUUCAGACGGACGUUGAAUUGCAUCAGUAUGUUUGUCUGCAGCACUUUAUCUACGAGGGGUGAGAGACAAGAGGUGUAUUCUUUUUAUUUUUUGAAACAAUUAAAAGCCCCAGAGCGGCCCUGGAUUACAAGUAAAAUGGUAUGAAAACCACUCUUCAAUCUCCAGUAGCUAAAUGUAUCAACUGUUUUGCCUUGUUAUCGCCUUCAAAAUCAACACAUUAAACGCAUCUGCAAAAUAA